UGAAGAAUAUUUAAAAGAUAGAUUGGAAGAUUUAGCUAAUCAACACAAACAUCAAAUCAAAGAGUUAAAAUCAGAACAUAAAUAUAACUUGAAGAAUUUAGAAAAUGUAAAAGAACAAGAAUUUAAUGAUUUUAAAGAGAAAUCGGACCAACAGAUUCAUAAAAUGGUGACUGAAAUUGAAUUCCUACAGGGGGCGUUUGAGUCGUAUAAAGGAACAUUGGAACAGGAAAUGGAGUUGAAAUGGAGCCAGAAAGAAGAGGAACUUAAACAACAACUAGAAUCGGAAAAAACUGAUGCUUUGGUUGAAUUCAAAAGCAAAGUUCAACAAGAAAAGACGUCUGAUAAGUCUAAUUUAAAACAAGAAUUUCAACGCCAGAAAGAGGUCAUGAGGAGAGAACAUAAAAAGGAAAUUGAGGCUAUGAUACGAAGAUACGCAACUGCUGCAGCUGACCUUGAAAGAUCUCAAAGAUUGAAUGCUGAGCUAGAGGAAGUAAAAGCUGAGUUAGCCCAAGUUAAAGCUAGUUAUUUGGAAACUAGUAGCCAACUAAAUAUAACCAACAGACAACUGACUGAUACUAAAGUACAUCUGUUAGAAUAUGAAGAACAGUUUCAAGACAAAGUUCAGAUCAUCGAUGAUAAAUAUCGGCAAAAAAUAGAUGAUUUGAUGAGACAAAAUACAGAAUUACGACAAUUAUAUGUUAAGAAAUGUGGCCAGUUAUUUGAUGAGAAAGCUGUGAGUGAGCGAACAGUCAUCAAUAAAGUUACCACAGCCAAACAAACCAUGAAGGAGUUAAUUAAGGUCAAAGAAAGAUCAAAUGUGAAUUUAAUAGCGAAUGAUCCAGAUUUAGAGAAACGAGCAAGGAAACCAAAAACCCGUCCAGGAAGUGCUCCAACCACUCAUAUUGAAGGCAUUACUGCGCACCUUAGUGCUGGCGAAACAGAUCAUUUACAAAAACAUGCAGAAUUCAUUCGACCAAACACUGUUUUACCUACGGAUACACCAGAAAUUGAAAAGUUACGCAAAAACUUGUUUGCAGAAGGAGUUAAAGAGUACACAAAAGAAGACUUGUUAAAGGUUUUGCAGUCCUGAAGUUCUAGAUAUUUUUCAUCAUUUUUAUCUGUGAUAUAAAUUUUUAUUUAUUGUGUUAAAUUAUUUUGUAUUUUUAACAUAAUGUGUAUUUUUAGAAACAAUAUUUUUACUAUAUACUGUCUAAUUUUAUUUGCUCAAAAUAAUAUAUGAUUUCAUAGCCUUGUAUUCAUUUAAAUACAAAGUCAUCAGUAGUAAACUUAUAUUCUCAUUUAUAUAAUUGUAGAAUUCUAUUUAUCAAUGAAAGAAUGUGGACAGAAGAUUAUUUUUGAAGUGAUAUUAAAGGGGUCCAUUGAUAUU